AUGCCGCGUCGCUCCAACCAGCCAAUCAUAAGUUUAGGCGGGAAGCGAAAUUUAGGUAGGUCUUACAUACCCCUCGCAUCGUUCUCCAGCAAGUUAUUCCAUGCCCUUGCAGAGAUCGCUCAACGGUCAGGAUCGCUCAAUCAGAUGCCGAAGCGGAGCGAGUCGUGCAAUUCCUUCUUCACAGGAAACCAGUCUCCAAGAACAGCCACGUUUCCCGGCUCUCUCCUUCCGCGUACGAAAUCCCGAAAGGAGGACGGCGUAGGCCGCGUGUUCACGUGGAUCAUCCGCGCUUUCCAGUCGAAACGCACUCUUUCGUUCCUCGUGCUGCCGCUGCUGGCGUGCCUGCUUGUUUGGGGUUUGCUGCGCCGAAGCGGAGAUGAGAGGGGGAGGUGGUCGGCUGCGGAUCGGCAGCCGUGGCGAGCGGAGAUCGUCGUCGAGUCUUCGCCGAUGUCGUUGUUGCCGUCGCAAGCGUCGCACGGUGGCUUGGCAGCAGCGAGUGAACGCGUAGACAGCGAGCCUGAAAAAACGAUCGUAUCUCGUUUUGAGGAGGGCAGUCAAGGGAUAACAUUGCCUGGUGCAGAGAAAAAGGAGCAAGAGAAAGUGGCUGAGCACGUGGGAGAGGCGAGCAGCGACGGCGGCAACGGGUUACCGGAUCGUGGGCGAAGUAGAGAGGAAGCGGGAGAUGGGGUGGACGGCUCAAAUGGGGAGACAACGGCAGGCAGCAACGGGAAGAUAGGAAAAGAGGAGAGCGAUGGAGGCAAGGAGGAGAGCAUGAGUGAGGGUAACCAAGAGGGAAACGAUGGAUUGAAAGUGGAAACUGAUCGUCUGUGGAAUGAGGAGGGCAAAGAGAAGGUUCAACUAGACGUGCCCGCGGAUUGCGACCUGUACCAUGGCUCAUGGCAGCCGGACUCAGAACCUCCCCUCUACACCAACAGCACGUGUGGUGCCAUCUCGCAGCACCAGAACUGCCAGGGCAACGGGCGGCCCGACAGUGGGUACGAGCGCUGGCGGUGGCGGCCGGGGGGAAGGGAGGAGUGCGGGGCGCUGCCACGGUUUGAUGCGGUGGAGUUCAUGCACGUGAUGCGAGGGAAGAGCGUGCUAUUUGUUGGGGAUUCCGUGGCGCGGAAUCAUAUGGAAUCGCUCAUCUGCCUUCUGAGCCAGGUGGAGGCCCCCCAUCUCCGGGGCAACAAGAACCUCAUCCGCAUGGUCUUCCCGCGUGCCAAGCUCACCAUUGCGCGCAUCUGGUCCGCCUGGCUCGUGCACGAGUCCCCCGAUCCCCCCCCCUCCGCGCUGCCCUCCGCGCCUGCGAAGCUUCCGCGGCUGCAGCUGGAGAAGACGGGGGAGAAGUGGUAUGGGGACGUGGGGCGGUAUGAUGUGGUGGUGCUGUGCACGGGGCACUGGUUUGUCACUCCCGCGCUCUUUGUGGUGGGGGGGCGCGUGGUUGGGUCACAGGGCGGGUGGUGGGAGGCGCAUGGGAAGGAGAUGGCGGGAGGAGGGGAGCAUACAGAGGAGUGGAGGAAGGGAGAAGGGGGAGGAGAUGGAGGAAGUGGGGAAGGGAGUGGUUCUGAAGCCAUUGGGGGACAGCAGGAAAGGCAGGGAGGUGAGAGUGGUGGGAAGGAACAACAGGGGGAGCAGCGGAGAAGGUUGGAGGGAAGGGUUGCAAUUGAAGAUUCCCAGUCUCCAGUUACAGACAGUAGCGGAGGGAUGCAGGAUAUACAGAAGGACAGUCAGAAGGAUGUUCAGAAUGACAUACAGAAGAAUAUACAGAAGGAUAUACCGAAGGACAUACAGGUUCCUCUGAACAACACUGCUGCUUUCUCCAUCGCCAUUCGGACCGUCUUUGCUGACGUGGCAGCAGCUGUCAAGGCGAACCCGAAGCAGCUGUUCGUCUUCCGAACCUACUCCCCGGACCACUACGAGGGCGGGCAGUGGAACACCGGAGGCUCGUGCGCAGGCCUUACCGAGCCUCGCGGCAGCAACUACACCUACGAGAACUCGUACGGGAACACGGUCUAUAACGAGCAGAAGGCAGCUUAUAACGAGGCUAUCAAGGAAUUGGGAGGAGAAGACUACAAGUGGCGGUUUUCCUUAAUGGAUAUCAUGCCUAGUGCGGGGGUGCGGGUCGAUGGGCAUCCGGGCCCGUACAGAGGGUUGAACAGCACUGCUGAGUUGGAGAAACACAGGAAGAAGCAUCCUGAUUCCAAGUAUCCUCCCCCGCAGGACUGCCUUCACUGGUGCCUGCCGGGACCUAUAGACUCGUGGAAUGUGUUUCUGCUGCAGCUCAUCAAACGGCAUAGAGUCGUGGGGCAGGCAGGGGUGUGA